UGGCCUUCAGGAAAACAAGUUUCUCAACUGUUUGAGGGUUAACCGCGGUGAGGUGGUUUCGGCUGAGAGACGGAGCGGGGCGUGAUAGGCCUUCGUCUUGUUUUUCUUCCUCGCCAUGGCCCACAAGCAGAUCUAUUAUUCUGACAAGUACUGCGACGAGAACUACGAGUACCGACAUGUGAUGCUGCCAAGAGAGCUCUCAAAACAAGUACCGAAAACUCAUUUAAUGACUGAAGAGGAAUGGAGACGACUUGGUGUUCAACAGAGCCUUGGCUGGGUCCACUACAUGAUUCAUGAACCAGAACCACAUAUCCUCCUUUUUAGAAGACCACUUCCAAAAGGCCAGCAGAAAUGACUUCUCUCAACUUCUGGAAUAUUGUGUAAAAAUGUAUAUAUGUUGGUAGUAUUCAGUGAAUACUUGAGAAUGUACAAAUACGUCAUUACCUGUGCAUGAGCUGUAUUAUUCACAGCAACAGAGCUCAGUAAAGUGCAAACGAAGUAG